AUACGUUUUUCAUGGAAUGAACUCAAAACACUAAAGGAUGCCGAUUUAUUUUGUAAUAAAUUUGAGGAGCAAACGGAUUGGAAAGUAGAGGCCGAAUGUACUAUAGGCAAUAUAAAAGAUAAAUUGGAGAAUGGAGAAACACCAGUGCAUCAACGUCUUUUAGAGAAAUUGUGUGGAAUAGAUAUUAAUGACUUAAAAUGUGAUGAUCCUUUGUCGAAUGGUGUGAUUGACCUCGGCUCUGAUCGAUUUGAAAUAUCUGAGAAUGACUUUGAUUUACUUGUGGGAGAAAAAGCGGGGAUAAGAAGAUUAAGUAAAAGUGCUUCAAUAAAAAAUAUUUGUGCUGAAUUUGUCAGACGAAGAGAUGAAUUUCAAGAAAUAUACAAAUUGGUAAUAGCAGAAGAUGUGAAUGUAGUUCAUUAUCGCUGGGUUGAACAAGAAAUUGAUAAAAUCAAAUUCCUUCCGUCGAGUUUCUAG